CUCAAGGGGUUGCUUUUAGUGGCCAUUAUUUUGGCAUGCAGGGUGUCUGAGCUAGUUAAGGGUGCUCUUUGUGUGCACGGAGCUGUGUGUGAUCCGUAUAGACUGGGUGGUUUUUCAUUUAAAACCCUCCUUUUUUUCCUAAAGUGAAUUCUACUUUUCACUGGGCACAAGAAACAGUGGUGCUGCCCUUUUUCUGCCCUGGACCCAAAGUGUCCACAGGAAAAGGAAUGGCACAAAUUAGAUGUGUGCGCAUAGGGCAUUAAAGUUGUAUUUGGUAAAAGGUUCGCCUCUUGGUGUCUUUUCAAGAGGCCACCAAGGGUCAGAAAGUUUCUUUCUUGACUUUGGCUCAUUGGUUGAGAUGGCGUAUUGAAUUCCACUCGCUACUCCAUUUGUGUUAGGGACAGGGCAUCCUUUGUAGAGAUUUGCAAGGCGGGUGUCUGGGGUUCCCCAUCAUCUUUUAUUACACAUUAUAAGACAGACAAGUUUGCGCCUGCAGAUGAGGCCUUCGGUAGGUGCGUCUUACAGCAAGUAGUACAGGUAUCAAUUUUAAUUCACUAGUAGUAAUCUGCCCUAUGCAAUGACAGUUUAGUUGGGUCCGAGUGGAGGGAUGGUCUCCUCAUUGCUGUAAAAUGGAACAUUAGUACUUGCCAUGAAGGCUCAUUUUCUGCAGUAUUGCGGAGAGAAUUAUUUCCUACCCCUUGUUGGUUUCCCUUUUUUGUUUAGUGUGUAGUAGUUACGUUAUCUAUUAGUGUUUAGGUUCAGUAGUUUGUAGCUGGAGCUUCUUAGUUCAUCACUAGGAGGGGAAAGGUCUGGCUGUCCUCCUAGGCCUAGGGCAGUGUUUCCCAAAUUUUGGUUGUCCAGGUGUUUUGGAAUUCUACUCCCAAAAGCCCUAGCAAUUUGGCCAAAAGUUAGGGAUUCUGGGAACCGAAAUCCAAAACAUCUGGAGGACCAAAGUUUGGAAAACACUAGGCUAGGGGAUGGUGAGUUGGAGUGAUAACUUGAAGGCUUGCAGCAGUGAGGUAGGAAUCCCUAUACAGUAAGCACUAAUGUUCUGAUCUGUGUCCCAUUGAACACAAUACUCUGACCAUGUUUCCUCUCUGUUUUCUUUCAGGUCAUUUUAUUCACAGCAGGUAACCUCAGAGUUUGUUGUGUCUGCAAAAGUGGUUGUAUUUUAAUCUCUCUGCCCUGAAGGAAGAUGAGAUGCUGACAAUGGCCCAGCUGGAGAUCAGAUUCAGCCAGAAUUGGUACCAGGCGGCUAGCCCAGCUCGUCCCUUUGAGCUGAGUCUUUACAAGGCAACCCAAAUGGCUUUGUUGGGCAUGUCUGGUCACACACACAGCCGCCAAAUGUUGUUGGAGCAGUCCUUUGUCCACUUGCACAAGUCUUUCGUCUUCGAUCUGACCCAGGUGGCAAAGGAGUGGCGUAUUCCUGCCAGGAAUGUGGGCCUGAUUCUCGAGAUUGGCGUGCCACCUUUGCCCAAGGGAGAGUUUUGCUCUGGCAUCGACUCUUUCCUCGAGGCCUCGCUGCUUGUGGUCUCCCUUGCCCCCAGCCAGUGCAAGACUCCCAGAAAAAGGCGCAGCACUUACUAUGUACCGCGCAUCACCAGCAACGUCUGCAAGCCACGGCGCCUAUAUAUAAGCUUCAGCGAUUUUGGGUGGGAGAACUGGAUCAUCGCCCCACAAGGUUACCUGGCAAACUACUGCCUAGGCGAAUGCCCAUUUCCACUGACCGAGGAGCUCAACAGCACCAACCAUGCCAUUUUGCAAACCAUCGUCCACUCCCUUGACCCCGAAGGGACACCCCAGCCCUGCUGUGUCCCUGUCCGCCUCUCGCCCAUCUCCAUUCUUUACUAUGACAAUGACGACAACAUUGUGCUUCGCCACUAUGAGGACAUGGUAGUGGAUGAGUGUGGCUGCCGCUAAAAGCCUCGUCUCCUGCCCCCACUUUUGGUCUACUUUUGCUAGAUUUGUUGUGGAUCACAUGGUGAUUUCCUACAGAUGCAAAGCAGCUCCUGGUGCAGCAAAACUGCUGCUUCCCCCUUCUAAGCUUGUCAACAGAAGUUAGUACUGUAUCUUGUGAGUGGAUUACAAUAGUGUAAACUGGAUUUAUCACAAUUAAUUUUUAGGGCCAUGGCAUAUCUUGGAAUUCUGUUCUGACCACACAAUGGCCAAAAACCAAAAACCUCCCCCCCAAUCUCACCCUUCAAGCAAUGCAAUCCCCCCAAUGUGUCUGUUUCCUUGUUGGAAAGCAGGGGUGCAUGCAGCUCUUUUCUUGUAGCUAGAUGCACUGCCGCAAUGGAGAUGAUCAGACAAGGGACGUCCCUGUCCCAUCAUGUUCCUAUCCUUCCCACGCAAACGCAGGAAGAGCUUUCAGAUGGGAUUCGUGCUUAUCCCAUCCGGGAAGCGCAAAUGACAGCAAAUGCAUGACAGGCUUUCAGAUGAAGUUGCACAGAUCC